CGAAGACGAUAAUAAUAAUAUCCAAUUGUGCGCAUCGGGUGUUGUAAUGUAAGAUUUACGUAUUUAAGAUUAAUUUCAUACAGGUCCCUAAAUAUCAGUAGUUUUAUAAUUUAUCCCCUUUUAUUUAUUUCCGUUAACAUAUUUUGCUCACUAUUUGGAUAAAAUUUUUGGACCUCUUGUUUGAUCUUCGCCGUUGCCUCAAUCUGAGGAAAAUGCUGACUCUAUUGUUCGUCUCUCUCGGACUCCUUCUUCUCAUUGGUCUGCUCUUCAAAUUCGCAUUCGCUGAUGGAGAUUUCACCCUGAUUUCGAAGAAGCAUGUCAAGCGCGAAGCCAUUGAAGGCGAGGUUGUAUGGAUCACAGGGACUAGCCGUGGAAUUGGUGAAGUUCUUGCUAAACAGUUUGCAAGUUUAGAUGCCAAGCUUAUCCUCUCCGCGAGGAAUAAAGCUGAACUGGAACGGGUUAAGAGUGAGCUCAAAGGUAAAUAUGCACCAGAAGAUGUAAAGGUUUUGCCUUUAGAUUUAGCUAGCGGCGAAGAGUCGCUCAAACUUGUUGUAGAGCAAGCUGUGUCGCUUUUUCCUGGGGUUGGUGUUGAUUAUUUGGUUCACAAUGCUGCCUAUGAGCGUCCGAAAUCCAAGGCAACGGAUGCAACUGAGGAAAUUCUCAAGACUACAUUCGAUGUUAAUGUCUUUGGGACGAUAACUCUUACAAAGUUGGUAGCUCCUCUUUUGCUAAACCAAGGAGGCGGUCAUUUUGUUGUGAUAAGCAGUGCUGCAGGAAAGGUACCAUCAUCUGGACAGGCUAUAUAUUCUGCUUCAAAACAUGCUCUGCACGGCUACUUCCACAGUUUGCGUUCUGAGUUCUGUCAGAAGGGAAUCAAGGUUACCGUCGUUUGUCCUGGUCCAAUAGAAACCUCGAAUGGUACAGGAGCAUCAACUUCGGAAGACAAGAAGUCUCCUGAGAAGCAUGUGUCAUCUGAACGAUGUGCAGAACUGACUAUAAUCGCUGCAUCUCAUAACUUGAAGGAAGCUUGGAUUUCACAUCAGCCGGUAUUGCUCGUGAUGUAUAUAGUGCAGUACAUGCCUUCCCUUGGCUUCUGGCUCAUGGACAAGGUCGGAGGGAAGCGUGUGGAGUUCGCCGAAAAGAAAGGCAACACAUAUUCAUGGAAAUUACUGUUCGGGGAGAAGACUAAAACAAACUGAAAUUGGUUAUUAUUACUUAUUUAGAAGGUGUAUAUGUAGUUGGUGUUUAUGUUAGCGUCUGUUUGAUUGUAAAAAAACUAGCAAUUGAGUUGCUCAAUUAGUAAGAAACAAUGGUGGUGAUCUUCUGUAUUUAAAAUACAGACAACAUCCAAAGUUUAAAGAUAUCAAACACCUUGACCUUGGUA